AGUAAGUAAAAUCUAACAGUACCCUCAACCAUGUACAUGUUUGUAUUUGAGCUGUUUACAGUCUACAUUAUAUGUAGCCACGCCACAUGUAAAGGCGAGGAUGUGUUCCUUACCCGGGUCGUGCCUUCGUCGCUGGUAUGUGAUUCUCUGUGUACCUACACAACGAGGUGUGGCUCCUACACCUGGGAUGCUGCCACCAGAAGCUGCCACCUGCACACACAAGGUGACACAGAGACAGAGACGAUGCCCCAUGCAAAAUAUUUGAAAGAGUCUCAGGGGAUGGUGUGUCGCGACCAUCCGUGUAAAGAGAACGAGGUUUGUGUGCCACUUGAAGCAGGGACUACAUACGUGUGUGUGGCAUCAACAGCCGCCACUACCACAACCACCACGACCUCUACUACCACACUGUCCAUGACGCCAUCUGCUACCACCACAACCUCGACUCCAGCACCUACCACUACCACCACGACUCCAUCACCUACCACUACCACCACGACUCCAUCACCUCCCACUACCAUCACAACUCCAUCACCUACCACUACCACCACGACUCCAUCACAGACCACUACCACCACGACUCCAUCACAGACCACUACCACCACGACUCCACCACCUCCAACUACCACCACGACUCAAUCACCUACCACUACCACUACAACUCCAUCACCUACCACUACCACCAAGACUCCAUCACAGACCACUACCACUUUGACCCCACCACCUCCCACUACCACCACGACUCCAUCACAGACCACUACCACUACGACUCCAUCACCUACCACUACCACCACGACCACUACUACCAAACUGUCAACGACGCCAUCUGCUACCGCUUCCACCAACAUGACUACAUCACCGACCACUACCACCACGACUCCUUCACCUACCACUGCCACCACGACUCCAUCACCUUCCACUACCACCACGACUCCAUCACCAGCCACCACCACCACGACUCCAUCACCUUCCACUACUACCACGACUCCAUCGCCUACCACAACCCCCCCAACUACGACUACUACCACGCCAUGCCCUGUCACUGUUAAUCAGGCAAAUGAUCCAUACACAUACGUUGGGUGUUACAACGAUGACAAGAGUCAUGUACUUCCACACGGCAAAUUGGUGAACGGAACAUGCCUGACAACUGAAACAUGCAAGCUUCAUUGCCACGGAAUGAACUACAUCUUCUUUGGACUUAGGGGAGGGCGUAAAUGCUUCUGUGGUGAUGUCAUCAAAGAUGGGUACAUGAAGGUACCCGACAGUGAAUGCAACGUCCCAUGUCGUGGUGACAGAAGCACGAUGUGUGGAGGAGGCUGGAGGAUUUCCAUCUAUAAGAUUGUCUAGUGUACAACAGCUGUUCUAAUUGGUCACUAUUUCCGUGCCAUGCAGGAUGUAUGCAAUCAACAGUUAAACUAAUGGGUCACAUAAC